UGGGUGGCGGCCGCGCGGCGGUGGACUGGGACUCUCGGCCGAUUCCGCCCCGAGGAGCGGCCUCGCUGCCACAGGGCUUUGCACGGGAGCAGCCUCCUCAGGGCGGCUUCGCUCUGCGCGGGAGAGUUGUUACGUGACCGUCUCCUUUCUCCGCAGCCAUGGAAGCAAACAAGAAGCUUUUGCAAAUCAAAGAAGCGUUUCAGCAGGCGCAGAAGCCUCACCAGAACCACGCGAAGCUUGUUGUGGGUUUGAAGAGCGCCUACGAUAAGUUGAGCGAUAAGGAAGAUUUUCAUGAAAAAUUCAUUCAUUUCCUUAAGUAUGCUAUGAUAAUCUACAGGCGGGAGCCAGCAGUGGAACAAGUGAUCGAUUUUGUGGUUAAAUUUGUUACUUCAUUUUAUCAAAUGGAGGAAGAGGAUGGUGACAAGGAGGCAGAAGAUAACUCGCUUCUGAAUUACGUGUUUAACUUUCUACUUAAGUCUCAUAAUGUCAACAGCCAUGCAGUUCGUUUUCGAGCGUGUCAGCUUGUUAACAAGAUUUUGGGAAGUAUGCCAGAGAAUGCACAGAUUGAUGAUGACUUAUUUGAUAAAAUUAAUGAAGCAAUGAUGAUUAGACUUAAUGAUAAAUUUCCAAAUGUGAGAAUCCAAGCUGUCCUGGCCCUGUCAAGACUUCAAGAUCCUAAGGAUGGAAACUGUCCUGUUGUUAAUAUUUACACCACAUUACUUGAGAAAGAUUCAAAUUCGGAAGUGAGGCGUGCAGUUCUCUCAUGUAUUGCUCCAUCAGCAAGAACUCUGCCUAAAAUCAUAGAUCGCACUAUGGAUGUAAAGGAAGCUGUCAGGAAGCAGGCAUAUGAGGUUUUGGCAGAAAAAGUUCACAUGAGAGCUCUGUCUAUAGCAGAGAGAGUAAAAUUGCUGCAACAUGGAUUUAAUGACAGAUCUGGUGCUGUUCAGGAGGUAGUGAAAAAGAAACUGCUUCAGGCCUGGUUACAGUUUACUGAAGGAGAUGUUUUAGAAUUGCUUCAUCGACUGGAUGUGGAAAACUGCCCAGAGGUGGCCACCCAGCUUCUAGAUGCUGUGUUCUCAUUAUCUCCUCUUCAAGAAAUUGUUCAGAGCUGUAAAAAUCUUGACAAUAGAAAACUGAUUCCACUGGAAGGUUUAACAGUCGAGAAUGUGUUCCAUUGGAAAUGCCUUUGUCACUAUCUAAAAUCAAAGAGUGAAGAAGGUGAAGAUUUACUGGAACAAGUGUUGCCAGAACCAGCUGUAUAUGCACAUUAUUUAUUAAGUUACCUUCAAAACAUGCCAGUUGUUACUGAAGAACAAAAAGAAGACUUCAGUUUUUUUGAAAACCUGAUGACAAAAGAAUUUAUUGGCCAGCAACUGAUUCUUAUCAUAGAUUCCAUGGAUACCUCAGAAGAGGGAGGAAGAAAGCACAUGUUGAGUACUUUACAAAAGACUCUCAUUCUACCUGCAACUUCAGCAGCGCUUAUAUCUCUGCUUGUGGAAAGGUUACUCAGGAUGAUUCCAGAUGAUGACAGAAGGAUUCAAAUUACUGCAGAAAUUAUCUCAGAACUUCGUGAGCCCAUUCUUACAGUUGAACAGCCUGUUGAUGCUGCUGAAAUAAGAAAGCAGGAGAUUAAGUUGGCUGAAAUAAAAGUGAAGCUUUUUGAAGUUAAAGAAGCUUUGGAAGAAUGUAUUAAUUUGCAGGAUUUUAAUAAAGCAUCGGUGUUAAAAGAGGAAAUAACUGAGUUGGAAAGCAGGAAAAGUGAUCUGAUAAAAGCAACAGAACAACGUGAAAUCAAAGAAAUCCGUGUGGAGAAGAAUGAUCCUGAAACACUGCUGAAGUGUCUGAAAAUAUGUUAUGAGCUUCUGAAGAUCGUUUCCCUCUCAAAAGGAAUUGAUCCAACCAUUAAAGAAAUUGCUGACUCUCAGAUACUUCCUGCCAUGACCAGUGUUCAUCCAGCUGUGAGAAAUCUGGCAGUUCUGUGUUUGGGUUGCUGUGCUCUUCAGAAUAAAGAAUUUGCCCGGAAACAGCUUGGGCUGCUGUUACAGGUUUUACAAGUCGAUUACAUGCAGGUAAAGAUAAGUGCUUUAGAGGCAAUCUUUGAUCAACUACUGCUGUUUGGGAUUGAGCCAUUUAAAGCCAGAAGAGACAAUGACUCUGAAGAUGAAGAUAUACUUGAAACUGAAAAUUCUAAGGAAGAAAGUGAAACAAAAGAGGAAGAAGAAACCACAGCUACAGUAAACAGUCUCCUGCAGCUUCUCUCUACUUUCUUAGACAAUGAGUCUUCAGAACUUAGGACAGUAGCUGCAGAAGGCGUAGCCAAACUGAUGUUCUCUGGGAGGCUGCUUAGUGCCAAGCUUCUUUCUCGUCUGAUUUUGUUGUGGUACAGUCCCAUGACUGAAGAGGAUGCUCGGCUUAGACACUGUCUAGGAGUGUUCUUCCCUUUAUUUGCUUAUGCAACUAGGUCUAACCAAGAAUUUUUCGAAGAAGCUUACUUUCCAACUCUGCAAACACUCUUCAAUGCUCCUGCAACUUCACCAUUGUCGGAAAUAGAUAUUAGUAACGUUUCUGAACUGCUAGUGGACCUGACCAGACCAAGUGGACUGAAGCCUCAGUCUGAAAAGUCACAGGACUAUGAGGAGUUAACAGUGCAUGACAGUUUAGCAAUGAAGCUUUGCAAUGAAAUCUUGGUGGAUCCAAGUGCACCGGAUGUUCGUAUUUACACAAAAGCUUUAAAUUCUCUAGAACUCAGUAGCUCUUCCACAGAGAGUCUUCUGGUUCUGCUCAAUGAGAUAUUAGAGAAAGUGAAAGAUAAACAGUGUCAAAGAGCUAUUGAGAAGGUGAAGAUGAACUUGACCAAAGACCUUAAUGUGGGCAAAGACCAGUCUGAAAGGACUGAGGAAACGGGUGUCUCUGGAAGGACACAGGAAACUCACAUCACGUUAUCUGAAAACACUCUUCAGAAUGAAGAAGAAAACAGUGAAAAUGCUCCUCGUACUCCAGUUAAUGAAGCUAAAAGUAAAGCGACUGCGGUAUCAAAAUCUACAAGACAUAAAUCUGGCAGAGGACAACGGAGAGGAACAGAAGUGAAGUCUGUGAGCAGGAGGAAAACUGGCACAUCUGUAAAAUGCAGUGGUGAUAGUGCUGAUGAAAUGCCAGAACCAGUUCCAGCGUCCAGUGCAAGGCCUUCACGACGAGCAAAAACCAUAGCACUUGAGAAAACAAGGAUGAAUCUUUCCAAACUUUUGAGUAGGGAAGAAGAUGAAUGAAGACAGAAGCGUCCCUUGCUAAUAAGGCUGGUAGUUAAGUGUGUUAGCCACAUUGAACUCUUCGUGUUAUGGUCAUUUAUAAUACUAGAUUUUUCUGGGAGCUUUAUGAUUCUUUAAGAUGAGAUGCUUCUAAUGAGUUUCUCAGUCUGAAGUCCAUCAUUCGUGUAAUGAAGACAUAAAAACCUGAACAAAACUUGGAUUACUUUCUCUUUGGGGCAUAUGUUCACAAGAAGAGUGCUUCUUAUCUGCAAAGAAAAUAGCUGUUGGUGCUAGGUACUUCAUAGUUAAAGUUGUGUUGAUAAUUUAACUUUCAGAGAGAAUGUUUGGCCUAAAGUGGCUGCUUGUGAUGGCAGCAGUUUCGAACGUGCCUUCAGUGCAUCUGCAUUCUUCCCUUAUUAGCCUCUGCAUCUGCUAACCAGGUUUUAUUGGUCAUGUUAACAUAAAAUGCAAAUAAAUGAAUUCUCCUUCCUGCAGGUGUCAGCUUUAUUUACAAUGCUCUCAAAAUGAUAAAAUGAAUUACUGAUUUUUGCAAACCUAAGCCAGGAAGUGAGCUAUGACUCCUUGACCUUGGUAUAUAAAAUCAGUAAUGUGCUUUUAGAAAAGCAUACAAAUAUUUGAGGUACAAAAUCAGAUCUAAUAAGGAAAGCAAUACUUGAGUACAGAAUGGGCAAAAAGGAAAUACUUUACAAGAAAAUGGGGUACAGUUGUGAUUGCUUUGUAGUUUUGAAGUUCACAAACCCUUUUCUAAUGACAUUUCUAGAAGUAUGAGUUUUAAUUGGAGAUGAUUAAGGUGUAUAUAGAUAAUCCCUGGUGGCUGAACAGAUUCAUACUGGCAAUGCUAGUGUUUUGGUUUGGAAAUGCUCUGUCAAUCUUGUCUGUCACAGUAUAGGUAGUUUCCAAAGCAGAUAGAAAAAACUUGUGAAGUGCUUGACUUGGGCAUCUCAACUGUUGAUACUGAGUGUAGCUUCCUAGUGAUCUUGCGCUGAAAACAGGCAAACAUGCUGCAAAUUAUCUUUUUUUCUCAGAAAUGGUGUAGGGACCCAAGUGAAAAGGAGCACUGCUCUUUUCAAGUUUGCCUAUAGAAAGCAGACAGGAUUGUGUUUCUUUUCCUGCCUUUCAGUUCUUGUGGAAAGUUGUCAAACCACAAACUGCCACAACACUUUUUUUGCUGACAUUUUGCUAUUCAGAAGCUUAUGUAACUGUGAUUCUUUUAUUCAGCUUUUUAAACACAACUCUGAAGUCCUGA